AGUAAAGGGAAGACGACUGGAUGUAGAAAAGGAGGAUAACACAGGAAUGAAGUACCUCGCCACUCCUCAGAAUAAAUCCCUAUUAGAUAUGGAAGUCGCCAACUACUGUGACUGUCUGGAUCCCUCAUACAGCACACUGGGCUUUGACAAUGCUGAGGUACUUUAUGGAGGUAAGUGUAGCAUGCCAACCGAAGCGAGCCUACCCGGUCCGGACGGGGCCAACACCAACUGUGCCAUCUGUGGAGACAAAGCCACGGGGAAACACUAUGGCGCCUCCAGCUGCGACGGCUGUAAAGGCUUCUUUCGGCGCUCCAUACGCAAGAGCCACAUCUACACCUGCAGGUUCAGCAGACAGUGCAUCGUUGACAAAGAUAAGAGGAACCAGUGUCGCUUUUGCAGACUCAACAAAUGCUUCAGAGCUGGCAUGAAAAAAGAAGCCGUGCAAAACGAAAGAGAUCGAAUCAGCUCCAGAAGAAGUAUGCCUGACUCCCAAGACAUACCGCCCAUCACCGUUUUGGCUCAAGCUGAAUCCCUAUCCCAACAGAUUAGUGUUCCGGUUGGAAUAGCAGACAUAACAAAGCAGAAAACAGCCACAGUUGGAGAUGUGUGUGAAUCAAUGAGACAGCAAUUGCUGGUGUUGGUGGAAUGGGCAAAAUACAUCCCUUCUUUUGGAGAGCUACUACUGGAUGACCAGGUAAGCUUGCUCAGGGCUCACGCGGGCGAGCACCUCCUGCUAGGAGUGGCCAAAAGGUCAAUGCCAUUCAAGGACUUCCUGCUUCUAGGUAAUGGCUGUGUGAUACACAAGAACAGUCCAGAACCGGAGAUGUGCAGGGUAGCAAACCGAGUUCUGGAUGAGCUGGUGCUGCCUUUCCAGGAUAUUCAAAUAGAUGACACAGAGUACGCAGCACUCAAGGCCAUUGUCUUCUUUGACCCUGAUGCAAAAUCUUUGCGGGACCCUUCAAAGAUCAAAGCAACGCGUCUGCAGGUCCAGAUGAGUCUGGAAGACUACAUCAAUGACCGCCAGUAUGACUCGCGGGGUCGUUUUGGGGAGCUGUUACUCCUUCUGCCCACCUUGCAGAGCAUCACCUGGCAGAUGAUUGAGCAACUCCAGUUCAUCAAGCUGUGUGGUUUGGCCAAGAUAGACAACUUGCUGCACGAGAUGCUGCUGGGAGGCUUGACAUCCGAACCCACGCAUUUGCACCAUCCAGCACACAGCCAGCUGACCCAGGACCCAGCAACUGGACACACAUUGCUCAUCAGCACCAUGCCUAUAACACACAUGCCACAAAUAUCCUCACCAGACACUCCCAUCCCAUCACCUCCUCAGGGUCAAGCACCAGAGAUGUAUAAACACUUUCCUCAGCCUAUUUGCCCUCCAACCAGUCCUUCACCCUCAGCACAGGCAGACCACUGAUCCCGGAUCUGUGUCCUAUACUUUAGUACAUCAUCUCAAUCAUAAAUGUAAGACAACUUGAUAUAAAGUUAGACUGCAAUUUAGUACAGCCUGCAUUUGAAUUCAGACUCAAAGGUUACUGCUUAUUAGGAAAUGUAUUAUGGGGUGUUUUUUUUUGUAUAUGAAAGUUAUAAUAUAAUACAGUAUGUAAAUAGCCACAGUGUAAAAUAGUCUGAUGUUAAAUGCAGAUAAUGAAUGUUAAUAUUUUAAAAAGGUAUUUGUACAUAUUAUAAGGGUUAUAGGGCGUGAAGUAAAUAGAUGUAAGUACAGUUUCUUGUAAUUUUAAAUAGGGACAUUUGUUUUUAAAUUAACCUUGCAUGUUUGUGAUAUUUUAUAUUUCCCCAAAAGCAACAGGUUUUGUAUAGAGGUUAAUUUGUGUCUUUAUUUCCAAAGCGUAUUUCUUUUUUUUUAACAAUGAAUUUAUGUCAUUUAUGUCAAUUAUGAGUCCUUUGAGUUUGGAUUUUCUGAACUGUAUUUUUAUUUAUUUUGUUUUACAUCACAUUAUUCAGACAUUUCAUAGAACAAAAAAUAGUGAAAAAAAUGUAUUUUAUUGAAAUUAAAUGUACAAGAUGCCUCUUUGCCUGAGCAAGACCCAUGUCACAUGAUCACAAGCUUGACAUCUCAUUGGCGGGUUCCGAGACACUGUUUACAGGAAAUAUAUCUUGAGUUGUAAGAAACACAUUUUUUUGCACUUAAUUUUUUUGCAUUGAAUUUUAAAACUAUUUAUUUUACAAAAUCACAAUUUUAAACACAAUUUAAUCAGUUAAAUUGUCGGUAUAAUUUACACAUAAAUUCAGUUUUAAAAAAAUUUUCUUAUUAAUUCCAAUUUUAAAUCGAUUCAUAAUUUUACAAAAUCUUUUUUUUAUCUUUUCCAUCCACCUAUCCAUUUUUUACUGCUUGUCCCUUUCUGGGAGCCUAUCUUUAAGAAUACAUUUAAAAUAAUAUUUUUUAAGCCAUCUAUGCGUGCAUAGAGGAGUUAUUGUGACCUGUAACUUGUUCUUAAAAGGUUUUAUCAUUUUUAUACCAAAUAAUGUAGUGCAAGAAUCUGUUUGAAUAGAGGCUUGUAGUAAGAGUUAUUUAAAUAUCACAAACAUGUUUAACAAAUACCUCCCUGACAGUAUCAAUCUGGCAUAACAUUUACAUAACUUGUUAAGUUUAAGUUUUGAUACAACUAUUGUAUUUGAUGCUGUGCUUAAUAACGUGUUUGAUGAAUGUAUAUGUAGUAUAC